CUCCUAACCCCACUUUAAUCGACGCUGUCAGGGCAAAACAAAACUAAUUUAAUUUCUAAUUUUGAAUUUAUCAGUUAUGUCUACUAUCAAAUCUCUCUGAAAUAUCGUAUUAGAAAUGUGGCCACUAUUACUAGAUAUGACCAAAGAAGAAUCAAUUCAGUGUCUUAGAAAUUUAGAAUUAGAAGCGUAUUCUACACUUGUAUCGGCACUGAGAGCACAAGGGCCUCUUAAUCCAGAGAAAAGGCGCUUGUUAAAAGACACAGGUAUUACAUUAAGCAUUACAAAUGAAAGACAUAAGGCAGAAAUAAGAAGAGCUAUUAAUGAUGAGAAACUAAAUACAAUUGCAUAUCACAUCACAGGACAGUCAGCCACAUUAGAAGAUUGGGCCCAGGAAGGAAGAAGGCUAGUGCCCUUGUUACCAAGAGUACCUCCACAAACUUCUUAUUCAGUGAUUGCUGAUGAAGUAUCCGAUGUAGCUGGUCAACUUAAUAAACAGUUGCCUCUCCCUUCUCAUACAGAUAGAAAGAGGCCCAUCACUACACAGUCCAUGUCUGGAGCCUCACAAGAAGUUGCAAUCAAAACACAAACUUUUCGAGUACCGGAUGUACCAAAAGAUGAUAUGAAGAAGCGUAAAAUCUCUAUACCUAGUGAAAAUAGUAGUUUAGCUCAACAUCUCUUGGGCCCUAAUUCCGGAAACAAAUUGAGUAAAAUUCAACAAAUAUACAGACAAACUUCAAAGCCAUUUAAACCUAAGCAAAAAGAAAUGGGGGGACCCUCAGAAAUUGAACAUGACUUUAUACAACCUAAUCCUGUACAACCAUCAUCCCAUGCAAAACUGCAACAGAGCAAUAGUCAGAUCAGUCAAAGUGGAAUGGGAAAGGUAAAUAUCAUCCAAAAUAUUGCACUGCCGCCAGCAACACCUACGGAUGACGGUUCAGCAUCGACAGAAAGUGCUGAAAGGAUUCCAAUUUCAUUUUCCAAUCCAGCGAAAGUUGUUAGCAUUAAACCUAAUGUUGCUGUACCAGUCAAUCAUCCAGUCAAGCAAUCUAGUGCAAGUACAGAUCCAGAGAAAAUAAGAUUUGGUUCCCCACGACCCAUAAACAAAGGUCAAAAGUUAAUUGUGGUGUCCAAUGCUCAAACCAUAACAUCCAACAGUAUAUUACAGAAAACACUAUCUGUACCCAUGAGUAAAGUAACUAAAUUAAACUUAGACAAAUUUAAAAUUAUUCCCUCCACCAUACAAGUGACCGCGGUGGUUAAUUCGCAGAGUACCACUCCAGCGAAACACAACGUGGUUACAUUAAAAUCCAAUCAUGGCAAAAAGGUGAUACCUUUAUCACAUUUCCAAAUGCUAAAUUCUAAAGGUGGUAUCAAGGUGCUGCCUUUGAGUGGUAAAAUAUUGGGAAAAACUGUCAGUGUGACUAGCAGCAAUUCAAUUUGUGUUCCUAAAGGUAUAACCAGCAUUAAUAAAGUGGAUGACACUACAAAAGCGUGCAAUACAAAGGCAGUAAUACAACCACAUUUAGUUGAAAAUGGGGUCCAACUCUUGGUUCCUGGAAAUGAUGCAGUUAUAGAGGACGGUGACAUUAAAACGCAACAAGCAGAGGUAUUGUGUGAGAAUUCUAACGAAUCUAAAAUCAUUUGUGUGAAAGAUGUUAAAGUAAACACUGAACUAGCACUGGAAAAUGGGCUGGAAAGUGAAGCCGCAGAAGAGAUAAAUUCUGAGAUACUUGCAUCGCUGGGCAAUAAGAUAAUUGAAAAUGUUGAAUACAACAAAUCAAUGGCUUCUGUUUAGGAAUAAUUGAAAUAUUUAUAUUUAUUUUGAAAUAGUAGUUUUUAUUGUACAUAUUGAAAACCCGAGAAAGUUGUAUAUUUAAAUUUUUUAAAACGCCUAUCUUUUUUUUAUUGAUAAGGAAUCUGGAAGCGAAGCUAUUAAAUCCAAACAAAAAUAAAAAUUAGCCUUUCAAUUUUAUUACCAUACCGAAAUUAAAAAAAAUAAACUAAAGAAACUGAUACAAAUGUGAAUAAAAUUCAUCUUAUUCUUUUAAAAAUAUUCUGCUAGAUGUUUUAUUUUUAUAGGAAAGAACUUUGUAAGGAAUUACCAUUUUUGCUGAUAUGAUUAUCCUAACAUAUUGCCUAUUAAUUCAUUUAAGACUUUUGUAUAUAAAACAAAUUGCUCAAAUUAUUUAUUGACUAUUCAUAAUUUUAAUCUUCAACAUUCAUUUUU